AUGAUUAUCAAUAAACUUCUAGGCCUGAGACGCAUUGCAAUGAGCGCUAUCCAGAAACCGGAGGUGAUUUUCGUGCUCGGUGGCCCCGGAGCAGGCAAAGGUACCACUUGCAAGGACAUUGUCAAAAAGACCGGCUAUGUUCAUCUAUCAGCUGGGGAUCUUCUCAGAGAAGAGCAGAACAAACCCGGCUCGGAGUUUGGUGAACUUAUCAAGGGUCAUAUUGUCGCUGGAACCAUUGUACCCAACAUGACUGAUAAGGCGAUUGUAAAGGCAGUAUUGUACCUCGAAUGCAGCCAAGAAGUCUGUACACGGCGUUGCAUAAACAGAGGAUUAAAAGGAAGCGGAAGGAGUGACGACAAUGCUGAAUCGCUGGUCAAGCGACACCAAACUUUCAUCAAGGACACCAUGCCGAUAAUAAAAUACUAUGAAGAACGCGGGUUACUUUACAAAUUUAACUCUAUGAAACCUCCCAAGGUUGUCAUGAAAGAAGUUUACGAAAAGUUCAAGGAAAUCGGCUGGGCUACGGAUUAG